GGAGGCGUAGAAUAUAACACACGGGAGGCUCACAUUGUCCACUCAAAUGCCUGGGAAGCCCCCUGAUCAACAAGCCAACAAAAUGCAGAAGCAAGUGGAGGUCAGGAUGGAUGAGGCUCCUGUGGAGCCAGUAGUGGAUACUCCUGAGAGUGCAUGUCGUGGUCUGUGUGAUAAAAUGAUGAAGAAUAUGGUUCUUACUCUCACAAUUCUUGGUGUGUUCCUGGGUUCUAUCACUGGGAUGCUGCUAAGGCACAUACCGCCCCUCCCUCCUGAUGUUAUUAUGAUCAUCAGCUUCCCAGGGGAGAUCCUAAUGAGGAUGCUAAAGAUGCUAAUUUUGCCUCUUAUUGUUUCCAGUCUGGUCACAGGACUAGCCGGUUUGGACGCCAAAUCCAGUGGCCGCUUAGGCACCAGGGCCAUGGUGUACUACAUGUCAACAACAGUGAUCGCAGCAGUCCUGGGGGUGAUCCUGGUGCUGCUCAUCCAUCCGGGGAACCCCAAGCUGAGGGCCAAUCUCGAGCGGGGAAAUAAGAACGAUGAAGUGUCCAGCAUGGACACUCUCUUCGAUCUCAUCCGAAAUCUUUUCCCAGAGAAUUUGGUGCAGGCCUGCUUUCAGCAGAUCCAGACACUAACCACAAAAGUACCAGUGCACACUAACAAGACCAAAGCACCCCCACACUUCACAGUCAAAAGGUCGCUUCACUUCAAGGGUGGGAUGAAUGUCCUGGGUUUGAUUGGAUUCUUUGUUUCUUUUGGAGUCAUUAUGGGGAAAAUGGGAGAAAAGGCCAAGCUGAUGUUUGAGUUUUUCAAUGUCCUCAAUGAAAUUGUUAUGAGGCUUGUCAGCGCAAUUAUGUGGUACUCCCCUGUUGGCAUUGCCUGUCUCAUCUGUGGAAAGAUCAUCUCCAUUGCUGAUCUGGAGGUGGCUGCAAGACAGCUGGGGAUGUACAUGGUUACUGUGAUAGUGGGCCUCAUCAUCCAUGGAGGGAUCUUCCUUCCAGUGAUAUAUUUUGUAAUAGUAAAAAAAAACCCAUUCAAGUUCUUCAUGGGAAUGUUCCAGGCUUGGGUCACAGCACUUGGAACAGCAUCUAGCGCCGGUACCUUGCCUGUCACGUUCCGAUGCUUAGAGGAGAACCUGGGAAUCGACAAGAGAGUAACACGUUUUGUCCUCCCAGUGGGUGCCACCAUCAACAUGGACGGCACAGCGCUUUAUGAGGCUGUGGCUGCUAUCUUCAUUGCUCAGAUGAAUGGGAUUGAUCUCGACUGGGGCCAGAUUGUUACUGUCAGUAUGACAGCCACCCUGGCCAGUGUUGGAGCAGCAAGUAUCCCCAGUGCUGGACUUGUGACCAUGCUUCUGAUCCUCACAGCAGUUGGGCUCCCCACCCAGGACAUCAGCCUCCUGGUUGCUGUCGACUGGCUGUUGGAUCGUUUCCGUACCUCUGUCAAUGUGAUUGGUGACUCCUAUGGAGCGGGUAUAGUUUACCACCUCUCAAAAGACGAGCUUGACACCUUUGAUGCCCAACACAGCCGGAUGGAUGAUUUUGAGAUGGCAAAGACACAAUCCUUCUUUGAAAAUAACACCAACCAGAAUGUGUACGCUCACCACAACUCAAUCUUGAUAGGUGACUGCAAGGUACAUGUAACAUUAACAGACAUAGAAACUUGUAUGUAG